AAUUGGCUUGCGUCACUUAGCAAUUAUGUAGACUCAUAAUUGGCGUGCGUUUUUAAGACAUUAUGUAGACUCAAAUGUUUACUCAUUAAGUUUUUCCCUCAAGCGUUAUCGGUCAUAUUUUUGCUUGUGUACGCGAAGUGCAACUUCGUUUUUGUGUUUAAACCUUGCGUAUAUUUGUAUUGAAUGCUGAAGAUAUGCAUGCGAUGAUGUUCAACCCGUUCAAUUAUGACUCGGAUUCAAGUUACGAUUCGGAUUACAACCCUGAUUCGGAUGUCGACAUUGGGCUGGAUGGUACUGCGCAGCUGUACUUCUAUGAUUUCUUAAGCAGGUUUAUUCGCCGCCGUGACUCCACAAACAAAUUGGGAACAAUACGUACCUCUGUGGUGGGUAUCAGUCAUUACAGAACAAUUCACGUGACGCCAAAAAUGAAGGUUAGGUUUGAAAGAGACCCUGGUAAUAGUUACGACCCGAAUGCGAUUAAAGCGAUGUGCUCUGGAAUCCAGUUCGGACAUCUAAGAAGAGAGUUGGCGGAGAUUUUGGCGCCAUACCUAGACAACGGGGGGCUUCAUUUGGAAGGCGUGAUUGUGGUUUGUGGCUCGUUUGCACACCCUUUGGAUCUUACUUUAUAUGGACACCAGAGUUUAAAUGUGGAGUUGACCAGAAAAUUGAACGGGAAGAAUUUUGGCUGGAACAUACCUGGAGUUAAUCGUGGAAGAAAUGGGCAAGGAGGCGGAAGUGGGUAUGUGCCCAUGAAUGUCUCAGCAGAGGAGCAGGUAGUGAAGCAGAAGAAACUGAAAGGAGAACUUGAGAAGGUAUUCGAAGGAGUUGCAAAGAAGCUGGGCAAGGGCUUCAACAAGGUCAAAGUCAGUGAUGGAAUUUCGACAAAGUUGUAUCCCCACCAAUUACAGGCUCUUUCGUGGAUGUGUGACAGAGAAAACAACAAAGAACUGCCUCCAUUUUGGAAGAGUGAAAAGAAAACGGGCUACAAAAAUGUAGUGACUGAAGUUAAACAACAACAUGCGCCGGCGCCCCUUUGUGGAGGAUUUCUAGCAGACGAAAUGGGAUUGGGUAAAAGUUUAGAGGUUAUUGCCCUCAUUCUUACUAAUAGGGCUAACGAAGUCCAAACUACUAGUUCACGGAGUAAAAAAAUAGUUGCCGACUCUGCUGUGAAUAAAAACAUACGAAGUUCAAAAAAAGCUAUCACCGCUAAAUCAUUAGAAAAUGGUCGACCCAAAAGAAAACUGGCGAGACGAGUACAGAACAAUGGGGAUGUUUUGGCUAACAAGGAAAAAGAAAUUGUUUCAGAUUCGGAGAGCACAACAUCGAGAAACUCGAGCGUGUCUCAUGUAACCUUAAGUUCAGAUGAUUGUUCAGAUUACGAAAAACCAGCAAAAUUAGAAAUAAUUUCAAUCUCUGCGAGAUCUCCAAAAAUCAGAGCAGCUAAGCGAAAAAAGCAAAUUGUUAAAAAUGCUUCUAGUUUAUCGACGAUUGCUGAAGCAAAAAGUCCGUCUCAAACAGACCAUGUUGUAAGUGUGAAAAAAGGCGCCGAUCACUUAAAAGGUACGAAAAAAACUGCAGAAAGAUUGAUAAGUGUGAAAAAACCAGCUGCACGGAAAGUUCAGGGUAGAGCAGCUAAGCUAAAAGCGAUUAGUAAGCUGUUAUCUUCAUCCGAAGAUGAAUAUAAAACAAGAAAUGAUAUUGGCGGUGAGUUUUCUGACGACUGUGUCAGUGUAGUUAGAAGUAUUGACAGUAGCAACGACGAAAAAUUGAAACGAGAGGUAAUCGAGCUUCUCUCUGAUUCGGACGAGGAGUCAAGCGCUGUUUGCCCUAUAGCGUCCUUUGCUGAUUCGGAUUUAUCAGUUGAGCUACAAGCAAAAAAACCUAAAGUUACUGAAAAUGAAAUCCAAGUUAUGCAACCGUGCUCAUCGAAAAGUAUAGAUAAAAUAGUCAGCUCGGCUUCAUAUAAAACAAAACGGAAGCGAGUUAACAACAAAACACUAAAAGUUGACGAUGAUUUUGGCUUGGACCCCGAGUCGUUUGAUGUCUUCAGUAGGUUUAAGUGUUACGCUUUGCCUUUUGACUGUGAUUUAAGCAAGGGAUCUCCUAAAAGUACUUUGCUCGUUUGUACAGUUUCGUUGCUUUCGAACUGGCUCGAACAAUUCGAGACACAUGUGAAAUCAAAUUGGGGUUUGUCGAUUUUUCUUUAUUAUGGACCAGAUCGUUUCAACUACGCUUUAGAAUACAUUAUGAGCCAUGAUAUAGUAAUUUCGACGUACACAUUGCUCGCUUCUGAUUUCAAAAUCGUGAAAAGUGGUGGACAAUCCGAUGAGAAAGGAAAGCAAAAUAAAACAAAUUCUUUAUUGGACUGCGAGUUUCUCCGAAUUGUUCUGGACGAAGGACAUUUAAUACGAAAUCCGAAAACUAAAAUGAGUCAAGCUUUGUUUUCGAUUGAAGCGAAAAGGCGUUGGAUUUUAUCAGGAACGCCCAUUCAAAAUUCUUUAUCGGAGUUGUGGGCUUUAAUGCGUUUUCUACGCUUGGAACCCUUUGAAAAUCCAAGUAACGGUCAAUGGUUGUGGAAGCAACACAUCGAAAGACCUGUUUUGAAUGGGUCGGACUUAAUAGUGAAGAGUUUCAAGAGUUUGCUAAUGACACUGGUUCUAAGAAGAACUAAAACUAUGUGUAUAGAUGACCAGCCAAUUGUAAAUCUACCAAAAAAGACAGUAAAACUCUUGAAAGUUAAAUUAUCGACUGAAGAGAAGAAUUUGUAUCAGUCUAUGGAAAGCUCAGGCAGGGUGAUAGUUGGAUCAUAUUUUAGAGAAGGGCGUCAAUUGACCCAUUACGCACAUAUAAUGGCAAUUAUAACUAGACUAAGACAGCUUGUGUGUCAUCCAUCUCUUUGUAAGAAGGCGUUCGAUCUAGCCAAUGAGGCUAUUAGUUCAACUUGCGACGACGAAACACGAGUAAAAUUAAUCGAAACCCUGAAACUGAUCAUAAGUUCAGGAUCGGACGAAGAGUGUUGUGUGUGUUUGGAUUCUCUCGUUAGCCCCGUGAUAACAAAAUGUGCUCACGUGUUCUGCAGAAAGUGUAUUGAAAAGGUUCUUCAAACAACACAUGUAGGAUCUACAGGAAAUUGUCCCUUGUGUAGAACGCUAGUUAACAAAAAUGAGUUAAUAGAGGCGCCGCGUGAAGUCUCGCUUGCUCAAACAGGAGGAAUUAACUCGGAUGAUGAAUGGCAUUCCAGUUCGAAAGUUGACGCGUUAGUUAAUACAUUGAAUGACGUGCGUGAGCGAAACCCGACCACCAAAAGUAUAGUGGUGUCGCAGUUCACUGCGUUUCUGUCCUUGAUUGAGAAACCCCUGAAAGAGUCUGGAUUUAAGUUCACAAGGUUCGACGGGACCUUGUCUGCGAAAAAGCGUGAUCAGGUUUUAAACUGUUUCAAAACUGAUCCCAAUACUACAGUACUUUUGCUGUCGCUUCGAGCGGGUAAUUUGGGUCUCAACCUGACGUGCGCUUCGAACUUGUUUCUAAUGGACCCGGCAUGGAAUCCAUAUGUGGAGGACCAAUGCUUUGACAGGUGUCACAGACUAGGGCAGGAUAAAGAAGUGACUAUAUACAAGCUUAUCUGCACUGAGACAAUUGAAGACAAGAUUUUAGAGAUUCAAGAAAGGAAACGAAGGCUUAUACAGGAGGCGUUUUCGUUCACAGAUGCGGCAAAGGAGUCACGUGAAAAAAGAGUAGGAGACAUCAAACUGUUGUUUGGAAUCGCAACUGAAAAAGACUGAAGAAAUAAGUGACAAAAUGGAUCCCACAGGAUUUAAUGAGUAAGCAAUUAUGCAGAAAACAGACGAAAUUAAUCAGGUGGUUGCUUAAGUGUUACUGAACGUAAAGCGGAAUAGUUAUUCACAACAGUAAUUUUUUAUUCAAAAAGCUUCAAGAUGUCUAUGUUCGGCGGUGAGAAAAUCAGAUGAAAGCGAAGACUAAAAUAUAAGACCAAUAAACGAGGAAUUUAGAAAACUCAAUUUUUUUGAUCACACGUCAAAAAAUAAGCAGUCAAAAUAGGCAGUAAAAUUUUAAUUUCACUAAAUAUGUGCAAGUAUUUUAAUAGAAACAGAAAUUCAAUUGUUAUUUACCCUUGGGGUUAUCAAGGGUGUUGCAACCGGGUACUAGACUUUUUCCCCGUAAGUUCGCACGUAAAAUGUUUAAAAAAAACACAAAAAAAAACUUCAAAUAUUGUCUGAAAUGAUGAUGCUCUGUUUGCGGAAAACACGGGAUUUGUCGACGCAAUCAUGGGUAUUACCUGUUUUACUUGGUUUUUUAUAAAUUCUUAUUCAGAGAGUAUGCUCGGUGAAAUAAUAAGAAGAGGACUCGGUGAAAUAAUUCAACACUCGCUAACUGGCUUGUGUAAAAAUGGCAGCGCAGAUGUCAAAUCAAAAUCAAUGUUGUUGAUUAAUGAUUUAGAAAUUUAGGUUUAAAACUCAUCCAAAUCUCUGAAUUCUUCUAAUCAUGUGUUUUCAUCGCGUUUUUGGUGGUCACAAAACAUGGAAAAUGGUUUUCACAAACUUCUUUUUUGAUUUCUCUUACUUGCAUAAACUCACCACUGGAGACUUUUACUUGAUCCCAUCAGUAAUUUAGAAUUUUUAUCCAACAAUUUUACUGUCGUCUUUACUGUCUCAAAUAUAUUUUCCGAGAGAUGACUUCACCGUCCUGUUGUGGUCUGAUCUGGCACGAUUGAAGAGUCUAUGGUCCCGCGCAGCGACUAGAUAAACUAAUUCAAUCCCAACAUUAAAACGAAUGAAAUUGUCAUGCAUAUCAUAGUGUUGUAUUUUUCAGCAUUUUUAGUGUCCCAAUUUUUCAAUGUUUUCAUGUUUUUUGAGAGCUUAAAAAAGUUUAGUUCAUGACAUUGUUAUUUAAAAAAAAAACACGAACGAUACUUGGUAUUCGUAAUA